AUGGUCUAUCUACUAGUCACCCUCUGCUGCGUCUUUGCAAGCCUGGGUUCCUUUCUCUUUGGCUAUGAUGCCGGUGUCAUCUCCUCCACCAUCGAGCAAUCGGCCUUUCUAAACCGCUUCAGCGACCCCUCCGAUUCAGCAAUAGGAGGAAUCGUUGCCUCCUACAAUGGAGGCGCCAUCAUCGGCUCAAUUGUGGUCUCCUACCUCUCCGACCCUCUAGGGAGACGCCCCGUCAUGUUCUUCGGAGGCAUCUUGGCAAUGCUGGGCGGAGCACUGCAAGCCGGCGCGACCACCAUCGCCAUGCUCAUCGCCGGCCGGGUCAUUGCCGGCCUCGCCGUGGGACUGAUGUCGUCCACUGUUCCUGUCUACUGCAGCGAGGUGUCGCCUCCGCGCAUCCGCGGGUUCCUCGCAUCCAUGCAGCAAUGGAUGAUCGGUCUGGGGAUCGUAGUGUCCGGCCGCUCCGACGAGGGCCGCCGCGUCCUUCGCCCGGUUCCACCUUCAACCGCGCGCACAGCAACACCCGCCCUCGUCGACGCCCAAUUCGCCCAAAUCUCCGCCCAGCGUCGCCGACGAGCGCCGCUGCGCCGUCCGCUCCUGGCGCCAGCUGCUCUUCACCCGUCCCAGCUGGCGCCGCCGCGUCCUCCUCGCCUGCGGCAUCCAGGCCUUCACCCAGUGCUCCGGCACAAACAUCAUCCAGAACUACAAUCCGCGCCUGUACAGGUCGCUCGGGCUGCGCGGCUCCACCCCGCUCAUGAUCCAGGGCGUCUGGGGCGCGCUCGCCCAGUUCUGGAACACGGUAUUUAUGCUGUUUAUCGAUCGUGUCGGCCGGCGCACCCUGCUCAUCCCGUCGCUGGUGGGCAUGGGCGCGACCAUGGCCGUCGAGGGCGCCCUCGGCCAGGCAUAUGA